AGACCCAGACUAUUCUUUGGAUUUUAGGUAUACUCUUAAAAGAACUAUGACGGAUAGCCGAAAACGUAAAAUUGAUGAUAGCGCCGACUUCGACUUUGAGAAAAAAAAUGUCUUUGAUAAUGAGCUCAUUAGUUCAAAGAUUUUAGAAUAUUGUAACAUAGGCGAAGUAUACAAAUAUAGACGGUAAAAACAAUUAAAAUUUAAAUUUCGUUCUAUUCUUUAAUUUCGUUCAUUAUACUUAUAUCGUAGUCUUAGCAAAUUAUGGUUGCACUUGGGUGAUAUAGAAUUACGAAAGCGAUCAGAAAAGUUUCACAUCAAGUAUAUAUCUUGUUUUGCGAAUAAUGGUCAUCUACAAUUUCCAGUUUGUAUUAUUAUUUAUAUAUCAGUAUUAAAAAACAGUGAUAGCAAUAUAAGAUGCCAUUGAUAGUUUAUUUCAUUUACAGAAUUUUCAUUCAUUCAAUUUUAAACCUAAUUUACUUAUUGCAUUUUGUUCGGAAUCAUUAAGCUGCCCAAAGAAAAAAUUAAAGAGAUAUUUCAUUAAUAAUUGCAAAUUUCCUUGUAUAAUAUCUUUUUGGGAAGGAAUUGUUUGUAAGUAAUAGUCUUCUUCUUCCUUUCUCCUUCUUAAAUAAUUAAUUAACUAAAAUUGAAAGUCUAUAUUCUCUCAUAGUAACAGAAUUAAAAGAAAGGGAUGCUAAAGCCAAAAUGUCAGUGACUGAGGUCGAAGAAGCUAAAAAUCAAAUUCAAUUUGUUUUUAUGUCAAUUCCCGGCUUAAAGUGUAAAUUUUUUAAUCAGCAUGUUAAAACUAGAUCAACUUGUAAAAGUUCUAAAGAACAAUUUCAAAAGGAUCUCGAGGAAUCUGUUAAUUCGCAUUCUCUCUUUUUGAGUUUUGAGCAAGAAUUUGAAAUUAUUCUACUUAGUAAUGGACAAGAGUUUGAUUCAAAAUUAAUCAAUCUGCAAAGUAAGCACAUUCAUUUUGCUACCGUUAUCAUUGGUCAAGAUAUUGAUGAUAAAGAAGGUGUAUUAGACAAUCUUCGACGUCUGAAACAAUCUAACGCCGCUAGAAAACCAUUUUUCGGUCUAAUGUUCGCCUGCAAAGGAAGAGGUCGAGACCAUUACGGAGGAGUUACUGACGUUGAAAGUAGCUGUUGGCAAAACAUCUUUCCUAAAAUACCACUCUUUGGUGUAUUUGGUGAUGGAGAAUUUGGACUAGAUAAAUUUUUACAAGAUGACGAAAAGCUUGUGAAAACAUUUAGCGCAUUAGAAAAAUCUUAUACAACAGUGUUUGUCGUUGUUGGAAAACACUAA